GCUACAGUCGAGCCCUUGCAGCCAGCGUUCAGCAGUCGUCCCGGUCCUGUAUGUGUGGGUGGAGAAGGGGUCUUCCAAGCCGCCUUUCUCGGCAAUUCAUCGUCCAACACUCGCCGUAAGCUACUACCGUCCCGUUCCUGCUCUCCGCAUCGCUCCAUCGGGGUUCAACGCAUACUGGGACGCACCGCAGUUGGCACUAUGGAAGCCCUCGAGCCCCCCGCCACAGUCGAGCAAUUGCAGCCAGCGAUCAUCAGUCGUCCCGGUCCUGUGUGUGGGAUGGGUGAAAGGGUCUUCCAACCCGCCACAAAUGGCAAGUAUACAUCUGAUCCGAACACUUCAAGCGCUGAUGUAUUCUUCGCUUCCAGUAAUUUGCCUUUUGCUCUAACAUCUUGUGACGAGAUGUCAACUAUUUCUGUCGCCGAUGAUGAUCGCUGCAUUCUGGAGCGCGAUGCAGUUGAUUCGCCCUCUGCAGAACCUGAUCCGUCAUCCAAUAACAUCGAGAUUUACUAUCAGAAUGUUGGUGGCUUAAAUUCAUCAACGGACAGCUAUUUGCUCGCGACCACGGGCUGCUGUUAUGACGUCAUCGCCUUAACCGAGACGUGGCUCAACAACCGUACUCUGUCUCACCAGGUGUUUGGUUCAACAUUUGAUGUCUUCCGCUGUGAUCGCAAUGCCCUCAACAGCCGCAAGACAUCAGGUGGUGGUGUACUCAUCGCCGUUCGCCAUGGUAUAAAAGCCCGAGUGAUCAACGAUGAGCGGUGGGAGAGCUCCGAGCAAGUGUGGAUAUCAGUGAAACUUGCCGAUCGCAAUCUCUUCCUGUGUGUCGUGUAUUUUCCACCUGACCGAAUUCGUGAUUACAGCCUGAUCGAUGUACAUCUUUCCUCCGUUUCUUUCAUCACCUCGAUCGCUGCCCCAUCUGAUGAUAUUGUUAUACUGGGCGACUUUAACUUACCUGGCUUGACCUGGUGCCCAGCAAGUAACGGAUUUCUACGAUUGGAUAUCGAAAAAUCUGUGCUUAUCAACAAUGCCAGUUGUAUCUUGGACAACUACAGUAGCGCAACUCUUCGGCAAAUUAAUAAUAUCAUCAACGAGAACGGACGUACAUUGGACCUCUGCUUUGUAAGUGCCCGGGACUACGCUCCGUACUGCUGCGCCGCACCGACACCUUUAGUCCAGCAUGUGCGCCAUCAUCCCCCACUACAUCUUGUACUCGCUGGUAACCUAGGAGUGAGUUUUGAAGACGUCUCAAGCUCUAUCGUCUACGAUUUUAAAACGCUGACUACGACAGCAUCGUUAGCACGCUGUUGGAUAUAAAUUGGGACGAAAAUCUUAACAAUGAUGACGCGAACGAAGCAGCGAUGACGUUUUCUAAUAUUCUUAACUACCUAAUCGACCGUCAUGUGCCAAAACGAACAGUCAGCACAAAUCAACACCCUCCCUGGCAAUCAACAGUGCUUAGACGAUUAAAAACUGCCAAACGAGCCGCAUUUAAAAAGUUCUCGAAGCAUAAGACACUUGCAUUACGAAACCACUACUUUCAACUCAACCACGAAUACUAACAGCAAAGCAGACGUGCCUUUUUUAGAUAUCAGCGAAACGUCGAACGUCAACUGAAAUCCAAGCCCAAGUCGUUUUGGAAAUAUGUGAACGAGCAGCGAAAAGAA